UAUUUCAGGCGAAAGUCUAUUUCUGGAAGCUGGAAGGCCAACAUAGGUUCCGCCAUGUUGGAACAAAUUCAGAUGACUGACCGUUACAAGCAGUGGAUAGACGAAGUGUCCGAAAUGUUCGGAGGUCUGGAUGUGUGUGCCAUCGAAGCUCUACAGGGAAGAGACGGAAGAGAGUACAUUUCUGAGGUGAACGACUCGUCUAUGACGUUGCUAGGUGACAGUCACGAAGAAGACCGUCGGUUAAUAGCCGACCUGGUAGUUCACAGAAUGCAGGCUCACUGUAAACCCCCCAUGAGCUCUGGAAGACUCCAAGAGCGAGCAGACAAUCAACCAGAAGUCGGCCAGUUGAACAGAAACACAAGAGGGAGCCACUCGGUUCAACGUCGCGAAUCACACACUCGUCAAGAUUCUAUCUCUUCCUCAUUGGUUGGAUUCCUGGGACUAGA